CUUGGUGAUGGUUGUAGUGACAAUAGAUCGUUUUUCAUUUGGUGACAACGGCUCCUCCUGGCCGUCCAAGGCCCACAAAGAAUUGUCAUCUCUCCUGCUUGUCCUGAGUCUGUUGCAAGGAUUUUUUUGAGUUGUGAAUGUUCAAAGUUGGAUGAGUCCAAAAGGACAUCACCCGCAAGCAGCAGAGAUGCCACCCUCAGUCCUUCCAAAUGGACACCUCCUAAGCUCUGGCUGCACUAUGGUAUUCUGUCCAUGGAAAUCACAAACAGAAGUGGAGGCAAAACACAACCUUGGCAGAACCCAGAGCAAUUUAGAGUCACCUGUUAACCUGAAACGCAUGUCUUCGUACUGUGGGCGGAAACCAGAGCACCUGGAGCACAACCUCAGGGAGAAGAUGCAAACUCUGCACAGACCGAGCUGGGAUCGAACCUACUUUCUCUCGCAUCGUCCAAACGCUGUGAGACAACAGUAUUGUUUACGAAAGUAAAGAUAUACCUGGAUCAGCAGCACUGCCAGUAAGGAGGUCAGUUCAAGGGUCACGAGGAGAGACGUUUCACACGAGCUCCAGCCUGCUGUGUCCCGCAGCUCUUCUCCGCACGCGCUGCAGAGAUGUUCGGCGUCCCGAGGAUGAAGCCCCUCGCCGUUUUCCUGACUCUCCUGGCGAGCUCCCUGGCUGUGCCCAAAGACCUUACAGGUCAGAUGUUCAUCUUCCCCUCUCUUUCUGACACGGCCUACAUCCAGCUCACACCCACUUCGAAUGAGAUCCUAUUCAACGUCACCGUCUGCCUGCGGUUCUUCUCCGAUGAGACCAAGCAACAAGGCCUCUUCUCUUUGGCCACCGCGACAGAACCACAUAGCCUGGCCCUGGCCCUGAACCCAGAGGGAGGGUACCAGUUGUACGUCGCAGGUCAGCUCGCCACUUUCUUAGCGUUGCCAUAUGAGCGGAACCAGUGGAACUCCAUCUGUGCCACCUGGGACUCCUCCGUUGGGCUGACGCAGCUGUGGGUCAACGGCGUGGCCAGUCCCAAGAAGGCCCUCCAUGCUGGUGGCUCCAUAGCCGACACCCCCAUCAUAGUCGUGGGGCAAGACCAGGACUCCUAUGGUGGGACUUUCAAUACUGCUGAUGCCUUUGUGGGACACAUCACAGACGUCCACAUGUGGGACCACAGGCUCUCGCCCUGUGAAAUCCAGAGUUAUGCUGGCAACCUGCUCUUCAGGCCGGGCAACUACCUCAACUGGAAGGCGCUGGAGUUCACCAAACAUAACUAUGUGGUUGUGGAAUACAACAGCUCUGCAAGAGACAAAUGAGACAGCAUGUAGCUGGGAGUCUGAGUUAACAGUCGGCUUGGUGUAAAAAUGCUCCAAGAGCAAACUGAAUUGAGUGUGAAUGAUUUAAUGUUCUUGUACCUGAGCAGGAAGACCAUCAUCUCCUCAUCUCCCAGUGUAAUGUGGGUUCAGAGUGGGCAUGAGCAGCACGAGUGGAGAACAAAUCCUGUUAUAGUGCUCUAUUAAAUGGCGGGCAGUUUCAUCGCUCUUUACUCAAAAUGAUAUCAAGUGUCUUGUCUUUGCUUGUGAGAUGCUGAUUGUUUUUCCAUCUGGAAUUGCCAUUUCCUGUGGCAGUGUGUGACUCAACACGUGUGUGUAAUUUGACCCAAUUCAAACUUAUUUUUUCAGUUCAUCGCUGUCAUGCGGUGAUGGAGAUGUACAGAAAAUAAAGCUUUACGGAA